AUGGUCAACAUUCUCAAAAGGCUUCCUGUGAAAUCUCUACUCCGAUUACGAUGUGUAUGCAAAGGUUGGAACGAUCUCUUCAAGACCCAGCUCUUCAUCAAACAACACCUCCACCACUCAAUUCAUCAUCGUGGCCCUUCUCUUCUCCUCCAAUGGCGUCAUGACACCUACGAUUUGCAGUUUGGUCUGCUGGAAUAUUCCGACAAGAAAACCCUUAUUCCUCUGAAUGCACCUUCCAUCCAUGUUAUUCCCUUUGUUCAGGUCGGCAUCAUUGGUUCCAGCUAUGGCCUCGUCUGUCUUCUUGAAGUCGAAAUUGAUUCCCUUAUGAAGACACAAUAG